GCAACACCCGCCAAAACUAAACCCGACGAAGACAGUUUAGUCCUCUGGGAGGGACUGAAUGCGGUAUUGCGGUGUGUUUCUCCAGUGCAAAAUUAUGAAGAAAGGUCGACCCGUCAAAAAUCCGACCAGGAAAAUCUCAACGAAAGCCACCAGUUCUUCGCCCAAAUCCGCCAACAAGGAAAAGCGCACCACCAUAUCUACUAUACCUAAUUCACAACCUCGAUUUAGCUGUUCCCUGUCGGAUUUCUUGAAGAAAUGGACAAUCUUGCCACCAGAUUUCUUCCAAAUCGACGCUCUAGAUCUCGCCCCGCGCCUGCUCGGCAAGUUCCUGAGGAGAGACGACGUUGUUCUUCAGAUUGCCGAGGUGGAAGCUUAUAGGCCAGAUGAUUCUGCCAGCCACGGUCGAUUCGGGGUGACAGGAAGGACUGCCCCUGUGUUUGGUCGCGGUGGACAUGCAUAUGUAUACCUCUGCUAUGGGAUCCAUUUCAUGCUCAAUGUUGUUGCAGACAAAGAAGGCAUUGGAGCAUGCGUCUUGAUUCGUUCUUGUGCUCCUGUUCAUGGGCUGGAAACCAUUCAACGGAGACGUGGUUUACAAACUGAGAAGCCUCUUCUUCUUACUGGACCUGGAAAGGUUGGCCAAGCAUUAGGGUUAUCAAAGGAAUGGUCUAACCAUCCUCUAUACACACCAGGUGGCCUAGAGAUUUUAGAUGGACCAGAGCCAGAAGAAAUACUUGUUGGUCCAAGAGUUGGCAUUGAGUUUGCUUCUCAAGAACAUGUUAAUGCAUUAUGGAGAUUUGCAAUUGCAGGUUCCACUUGGAUUAGUGCUCCUAAAAACACUCUCAGACCUCCUUGAUUAUGGAGCACCAAUGUUCAUCUCUGUACAUAUAGAAGAAGAAGCUUUUGUUUGUUAUUGUAUUUUGUUUUGGAUUUGCAAAGAAGUUAUUGAAGAUGGUUUCUGGUUCAGUUCAUUUUUCCCCUGAUCUUGUUUGUGGCUUUAGCUUGGAAAGUCAUUUGAAAGAAAGACUCAUAUGAUGG